AUGGGCUAUUGGGUGGCGCUGAGGGAGAAGGAGGCUGAGGAGCACAUGGCAACUGGCUCAACCCCAGCUGAGGACCUCAAUGCCAUCCUCAUCUCUGCCCCCUUUUCUCAGAGGCUGGCUGAAACCCAGAGGCAAGUGGUCCCCACACCACCCAUCCCAAUGGCGACUGCAGAGGACCUGCCCCUCCCUCCACCCUCAACUCUGGAGAAUCUUCCACCACCGCCCCCCAAGGAAUCCUUCUCCAAGUUUCACCAGCAGCGGCAAGCUAGUGAGCUCCGCCGCCUCUACAGGCACAUCCACCCAGAGCUCCGCAAGAAUUUGGCUGAGGCGGUGGCUGAGGACCUGGCUGAGGUACUGGGCUCCGAGGAGCCUACAGAGGGUGAUGUCCAGUGCAUGCGUUGGAUCUUUGAGAACUGGCGGCUGGACGCCAUUGGGGACCGUGAGCAGUCAGCUGCCAAGGAGCCUGUGCCAGGCGGAGACGUCCAGGCCACCUCCCGCAAGUUUGAGGAAGGCUCCUUUGCCAACAGCAUAGAUCCCCAGUUGGUAGGACCUCGACCUACCGGAGGUGACGUUCGUGCUGCCCGCUGGCUGUUCGAGACAAAGCCACUGGAUAAACUGACGGACCAGGCAGAGGCAACCGAGGCCCCUGAGAGGGAGCCUGCAGCCAGUGGGGAUGUGCGAGGAACCAGGAUGCUAUUUGAGACUCGGCCACUGGACCGCCUGGGCUCCCGCCCCUCCAUGCAGGAGCCGAGCCCGCUGGAGCUGCGCUCAGAGAUCCAGGAGCUAAAAGGCGAUGUGAAGAAGACGGUGAAGCUGUUCCAAACGGAGCCUCUGUGCGCCAUACAGGACGCAGAGGGCGCUAUCCAUGAGGUCAAGGCCGCCUGCCGGGAAGAGAUUCAAAGCAACGCGGUGAGGUCCGGGCGCUGGCUCUUUGAGACCCGCCCUCUGGACGAAUUCAACCAGGACCCCAGUCAGGUGCGGGUGAUCCGCGGUAUCUCUUUGGAGGAGGGAUCCCGGCCCGACGUCAGCGCCACACGUUGGAUCUUUGAGACGCAGCCCCUAGAUGCUAUCCGUGAGAUCCUGGUGGAUGAGAAAGAUUUCCAGCCAUCCCCAGACCUUGUCCCUCCUGGACCUGACGUUCAACAGCAGCGGCAUCUGUUUGAGACCCGAGCCCUGGACACUUUGAAGGGAGAGGAGGAGGCUACAGCUGAGACCCCGCCCAAGGAGGAGGUGAUCCCCGGCAACGUCCGCUCCACCCUGUGGCUAUUUGAGACCAAACCCCUAGAUGCUCUCCGAGGCCAAGUUCAAGUGGGUCACUUGCAGCGGCUGGGUCACCAGGAAGGUGAAGGGCUCACAUGUGACAGCUCAUCAGCACUGCCUGUCUCUCAAGGUGCUACCCAGAGGGAUGGAGUAAAAGGGGAUGUGAAAACCUUCAAGAACCUUUUUGAGACGCUUCCCCUGGACAGUAUCCAGCAGCGUGAGGCUGCAGCCUGUGGUACUAUGUGCACAGCAGAAACCACUGGUUGCACCGGGCAGUCCCAGGUGGCAGGCUCCCCGGUGUAUGCCAUGCAGGACAGCAAAGGCCAGCUCCAUGCCCUGACCUCAGUCAGCAGAGAGGAGGUUGUGGGAGGUGAUGUGCAAGGUUAUAGGUGGAUGUUUGAGACUCAGCCCCUAGACCAGCUGGGUCGAAGCCCCAGUACCAUUGAUGUGGUACGGGGCAUCACUCGGCAAGAAGUGGUGGCUGGAGAUGUUGGCACUGCUCGAUGGCUCUUUGAGACCCAGCCCCUAGAGAUGAUCCAUCAGCGGGAGCAGCAGGAACGAGGAGAAGAGGAGGAAAAGAGUCAAGGAGGCCUCCAGCCUGAGGUACCCCCAAAGGGCGAUGUGCAGACCAUUCGGUGGUUGUUUGAGACGUGCCCAAUGAGUGAAUUGGCAGAGAAGCAAGUUUCAGAGGCCACAGACCCUACAGUCAAGGCCCAGGCACAGUCCUGCACCUGGAUGUUCAAGCCCCAGCCUCUGGACCCGGUAGAGGACUCCAGGGAGAAGCACUUGCAGGUCAGACAGCUUCAGGCUGGGGAAAGACAGACUGAUGGUCAUGUCUUUGAGACUGAACCUCUGCAGGCCUCAGCAGGUGCCUGUCGAAGUGGGCCUGUGCGCUGCUGCAGCCGGGUGGAGAUUCCUUCAGGGCAAGUGUCUAGGCAGAAGGAGGUUUUCCAGGCCCUGGAGGCUGGCAAGAGAGAAGAACAAGAGCAGAGCUCCAGGAAACCCACUGGGCCUAUCCCUGCUGGAUCUGUGCACAAGUUCACCUGGCUCUUUGAGAACUGCCCCAUGGGCUCCUUGGCAGCUGAAAGCAUCCGAGGUGGUGACCUGCAGGAAGAGCAACCCGGGAAGCUCUCUAGCAAUGGGGUGCCAGAGAAGCAAGAGACUGCCACCGAGGGGACACUUCGGACUCUGCAUGCCACACCUGGGAUCCUGCACCAUGGAGGAAUCCUCAUGGAGGCCCGAGGGCCAGGGGAGCUCUGCCUUGCCAAGUAUGUGCUCCCAGGGCCAGGGCAGGGGCGUCCCUAUAUACGGAAGGAGGAGCUGGUGUUUGGUGAGCUUCCCCGGAUUGUCCGCCAAGUGCUGCGCCGGCCAGAUGUGGCCCAGCAGGGUCUGCUAGUGCAGGAGGAUGUAACUGGCCAUCUCUGGCUCCACCCGCUAAGACUGCCAGCUCCAAGUAACAGUGGGAGUAUUGAAGACAUGGAUCCCAAGUUCCAGGAGCUGCUGGCUUGUGGCCUUGGGACCUCCAUGGCAAGGACUGGCCUGGUGAUGCAGGAGACAGAACAGGGUCUAGUUGCCCUGACUGCCUACUCCCUACAGCCCCGGCUACCUAGUGGGGUCCCAGAAAGGGGCAAUGUGCAGCUGGUGGCCAGCUGCAUAGACAAAGGAGACCUGAGUGGCCUGCACAGUCUGCGCUGGGAGCCACCAGCUGACCCAAUUCCAGGGCCAGUCACUGGGGCCACCCAGAGGCUUCUCCCAACUGAGAGCAUCAUUCACAUUCCCCCACUGGAUCCCAGCUUGGGGGUGGGGCAUCUGAGAGGCCCAGGAGCCAACUCUUGCUCACCUCAGGCCAUGGCAAAGGCAGUCCCUCUGGCUGGGCAGGCUGUAGCCUCAGUCCUAUUGCAGGAUACAAAAAAGCAGGAGAACAGCAAUCACAAUGAGCAGAAAGUGACAGCAGCCUUGGGAAAGUCAGAAGGAUCCAUGGCCGCCCCUGCAGAAGCCAGGGUCCCAGACCUCCAGUCAGCCUUGCAGAAUCUGAGAAUGGCAACCACUGAAGCCCAAAGCCUGCACCAGCAAGUUCUGAACAAGCACAAGCAGGGCUCUGUCUCUGCAGCCACAGCUGCAUCCAUCCAGGAUGGCCCACAAGCACCAAUCCCUGCCAUGGCAGCUACCCAAAGCAAUAGCAGGCCUGUGGCUGGAGGUGACUCCAGGAUCCCAGCAGCCCCCAGAAAGCUGCUGUGACAGGACCUGACCUCCCAGCCCAAGGCCACCAUGAUGAGGACUCCAUCCAGAAGGCCUCCAAGCCCCAACAGGAACCCUUUUUUCA